CACGAAAUCUUCCAAAAGCGCGCUCACAUUAGUGCAAACACAUUGGAUCAUUUCAGAUUCGUUUAGCGGUGCUACUUUUCAGGUAAUGGCAUUACAGGUUUGGGAUGAUGUGUUUCGGGACGAGAAGUUGGUGGCAGAUUUGGCUGCUGUGGUAAAAGACACAGCUUUACUUCAAGGAGUUCUCAUGCGAACCAAAAGUGAACCUAACUCUUCCGAGGUGGUAAACUAUGCUCCUUUUACUCUCCUUCCAUCACCAGUGCCACAGAACCUGUAUGAACAAGCAAAAGCAGUUCAGAAGGACUUUAACCAGUUAGUGGAUGCUGUAAGUCAAGAUCUGGUGUUCUUGGAACAGGCCCUUGGCAGUGCAAUUAAAGUGGAUGACUUCACUGCAAAACUUUUUGAUAUUUAUAAACAAGUCCUUCAUGAAGGUGUUGCUCAGUCUGUCUGCUUGGGAAUAAACCGAUCGGACUACAUGUUUGACCUGGGAACUGAUGGCACUGUGUCCCUUAAGCAAAUUGAAAUCAACACUAUUGCAGCUAGUUUUGGAGGCUUGGCUUCAAGAAUCCCAGCUGUUCAUCGGCAUAUACUUCAUCUUUUAGACAAAUAUGAUGACGUUUCAAGGCUGCCAGACAAUAAUCCAUCAAAGGGCAUUGCUGAAGGAAUCUCAAAAGCCUGGGAACUGUACGGUUCAGAGAGGGCAGUGGUUAUGUUUGUUGUCGAAGAUGUCCAGCGGAAUAUUUUUGAUCAUCGUUGUGUGGAAAAUGAACUAUGGAGCAGGAGUAUCCAUGUGAUUCGGAGGCGGUUUGAAGAUGUGAUUGAAAGAGCAUCUCUAGAUGAAAAAAGAAGACUCUUCAUGGAUGACCAAGAAGUAGCAGUGGUGUACUACAGACAUGGUUAUAUGCCUCAUAAUUAUUCCCAGCAGAACUGGCAAGCAAGAUUGUUGAUGGAAAGAAGUAGAGCGGUGAAGUGCCCUGAUAUUGCAACACACUUGACGGGGGCUAAAAAGGUUCAGCAGGAGUUGGCAAGGCCUGGAGUCCUAGAACGAUGGUUUCCUAGUGACCCAGAGACUGUACGUCGAAUCAGAGCUACCUUUGCAGGCUUGUAUUCCUUUGAUAUGGGUGAAGAAGGUGACCAAACAGUUGCUUUAGCAACAGCUAAUCCAGAUAGAUUUGUUCUAAAACCACAGAGAGAAGGAGGAGGAAAUAACAUAUAUGGUGAAGAGAUCAGAGUGGUUCUGGAGGGUAUCAAAGACAAGCCAGAGAGGUCAUCUUAUAUUCUGAUGGAUCGAAUUAGGCCACAGCCAGUGAGGAACUGCCUCCUGAGAUCUGGGAUGCCUCUGAAGUUGUCUGAGAACAUAAGUGAAUUAGGAAUGUUUGGAGUCUAUGUACGGAAUGGAAAAAAGAUGGUACUAAAUGAGUGUGCUGGGCAUCUGCUCCGGACGAAGAGUAUAGAACAUGCUGACGGUGGUGUAGCAGCCGGCGUUGCGGUUCUUGACAAUCCAUACCUUGUAUGAUGGCAACAGCAUAUUUUAUAAGGGAGCAUUAACAAUAAAGACAGUGGGCAUUAUCAUCCUCUCUGUGACGCUCAGGAGGGAAGCUUUGUAUGAAAUUUCUAGCACCUCCGUCAUUAAAAAAAAAUGUACUACUUUAAUACAAAGAGAGUUAUAUCUCCUAGAGAGAAAUUCUCAAGAGACUACAACCUGGGGUAUAUUCUUGUCCUGAUCUGCACAUGUUAAAAGUUGUUAAUUACUCCUGUUCAUCGGAGCAGUAGCCCUCCUGGGUGAUAAGAGCAUCCCUUUCAGCUGUAUCAAGGGCCAUGCUAAAAAUCAGUUAUCUGUACUUUUGCUGCUACUCACAUUGUACAAAUUUCCUGCUUGUUUUCCUCACACAAGGAUACCUUUUUUGUACUGAAAGAAAAGUCUGUGCUGCGUCUUCCAGAUACGUAAAGUUCUUAUGAUGCCAGAUUUUUUUAUGUUUUAUUUUCAUUUUUGAAAACUGGUUGAGAACCCUCUGAGUUCAAAAGCCAUUUAGAUUCUCUCCAACUCUUAACAUACUUUAUAGACCAAAACACAAUGCCACAACAGCUCUCUUAUGCUUCACAGAUACUGUGGUGAAGUUGUAUCAUCUAUUUUCCUUGACAUGUCCAAGACUUUUGACAGUCUCGCAUCAAAAACUACUCAACGAACUAUCCACCAUAAAACUCUCCCAAUCAGCCAUCUCAUGGUUUCACCACUACUUGUCUAAACACCAACAAGCAGUCAAGUGGCAAAAUGAGAUCUCAGCACUGCUGUCUGUCGCAGGUAUCCCACAAGGCUUGAUUCUAUGGCCACUACUUAUUACUGUCCUCACAAAUAAAGUCAGUUCUGCAUCACACCUAGCAACAGUUGUACAAUAUGCAGAUGAUUCUUCACUCAUCUGCACAGCUUCUUCCCUCCCUGAACUCCUGGAUAGAAUCUAGAGGGCCUUCACAGACAUAGAACAGCAUCUUACUGAAAAGCAACUCAUACUUAACCCACACAAGACAAAACCUAUGCUUUUCUUAAAUACCAUAAUUCCUGACCCUUCUUUCCCUUUUAUCAUCCACUCCUUUAACAAUACCAAAAUUGAGCCAGUUGAUACCACCAUAUUAUAGGGAUUCAGAAUUGACAACUCACAGAAAUAUGACAAACGCAUAGCCCUAUAACUAAAAAAGUCCACGUCAAACUUGGCUUACUGCACAGAGCUAAACUAUUCCUCACUCAUACCUCCAGUCAAUAACUAGAACAUACCUGCUAUCCACUCUAUUGUAUGCUUCUCCUAUUUUCACUAACCUUCAAAAAUCUGACGUAACCAAAUUAGAAGCCUGCUACCAUAAAAUAGCUAGAUUCGCUAGUUCAUCCUAACAGGUCACACCACUGCACUCUCUGUGUCAAGACCACCAACAACAGGAGCACUUCUCAGCUUUCCAACAAAAAUGGAUUGAAUUACCAAGUCUGCUGUCACUCAAUCAAUUUACAAUUGCCCACACUGUUAUACUUCAACCUGACAACUACCCUUGCCGUAAUAAAAUUAGUUCAGCCUUACUCAACCAUUCCUACCCUACGGUCAUCCAACAACCUUUUACUAAGUCACUAAAGCCAACAGUAAUUUCGGAGACUCCCUGUUCUCUAAUCAAAUAGCAAAAAUGGAACUCCAUAUUCCAGCAUAUACGUAACACUACUAACUUCUCUAAAUUCAAACUACUUUUCAAGGAUCAUCUAACCAACAAGUAUCUGUGCUCCUGCACUACCCCCAAGAUGAUCUGGCCUUGCUCUGCCCCCCCCCCAACCCAUCAUCUCUCACCAAACCCUCCUUUUAGGCAUAUUACAGCUGCUAAUCCAGAUGCUGACUGUUGUCUACUGCUAAACCUACCUCAGUGCAUCUCUGUUUCCUAGAACACCUGUAACCAAUAUAUAUUUGUCUUUGCGAUACAUGUGAUCUCCUUAUUUUACUUUUUCAGUUGAAUCUUGUUCAGAAUGAAACAGAAUAGCUUUUGUUGCAAUCUAUCAUAUUGUAUUUGGACAAUUUCUACUUGUGUUGAUAUACUUGAAUUUUACUGGCUUACAUCCUUUAUUUAUGAAGCGGAGCAUGGCUAGGGGACAGUUCAUUAGACUAUCAUGUUUAGUUAGUGAUGAUGAUGAAUUUUACAUGAGUGCUUAAUUUUUAAGAACUUCCUUUUAGCCAGGAAUUACCCAGCUACAUUUAUUGAUUCUAUUUUCAAGGAUGUUUAUGACGUAGAAAGGAUAAAUUUCCCCUGUCAUUGCACAUGGUUUUGUCAAACAUAUUCAGUCACAGUCUUCUGAUGUUCAUUCACAUUGUUUUCCUACCAAUCAUAUGAAUGACUUGGUCUUAGCCCCCCAGGUGCCUUCUAUCAUUUGUUGGUUCAGUCACACACCCAUGUUUCUUCACAAAGUAAUGUUAAUGCAACAGCUGAUUCGGGGAAUUCCCUGCUUAGGUCCAAUCUGCCAUUACCCUCCAGCCAGCCCCUUUUUUCUACCACUAGGAAUUCAGCUAUUUAUGAGCCUUCUAUUAACUUGGAUAUUGCUUCCACGACUGUACGUGAUCUAACUACACAUUCACACUUGCCUAAUAAACAGUGGACUACUAGUUUUCCUGUUCCUUUUAGUAGGGAUGCUCAACUUACUAAACACAUUAUUUUUAACAGCUGGGACAUUCUCACUAGUAGCCAAGAGGUCACUAAUACAUUAGGAGAUUCCCCAAUUUUUUCUUACAAAAAAACUAGAUCCCUUAGAUUUUAUUUUGAGAAUAGAGAUUCCCCUUUUUUUGAUUGUCCCAGGUGACACUAGUGAUGACACUAAGGGUAUGUUUAAAUGCGGAACGUGUAGCUUGUUUGUAUAUCUCUGAAGGCAGCUCUUUCAAGUUUAAACAUAAUGAUUUCACUGUGUCUUUUAAUAAACAUUUUAAUUGUAAAUCAAAAUUUGUGGUUUACGCUGCCUACUGUGUUACAUACCCUUCCUUUUAUAUAAGCAAGACUACCGGGAUGCUGUCUGCACAAAUUAAGGAACACUGUGCAGCCAUUCGGAAUGGGGACCUACGUACUGCUUUAGCUAAGCACAGUGUGAUUUGCACUAAUUUUACACAUUUUAAGUUUAUUGUUAUGGAGAAACUUGAACAGUUCUUUGGUAAUAUUAAUACUUUGCUUGAAGUGAGGGAGUUGCUGUGGCAUUUAAGACCUAGAGUGGAUGCCCCCCCGGGACUCAAUGAGACUGAGACUUUGAACAUUAAAUGUGUUUUAAAAUGGCACCACUGAUUGCUAUUUACAGUUCAUUAGUUCAUCUUAUUGUCUUGUUUUAAUAUCAACACAUUGUUUCUAUGGUAACUGAGUAAAUAAGGGUUGUGGUUGGUCUCCUUCAUAUUUAUGCUAUUUGUUUUUAUUACCAUUACAUCCCAUUGGUUCCUUUUAAAUAGAGCACUACCUAUUUGAUAUAUAAUUCUAUGUACUGUACUGUUAACUGCUAUUCUGAUGAAGUUUCUGAUCACUUAUUAAAGAAACAAAAGCGCUUA